AUGGUGAACAUUCCUAAAACCCGCCAGACUUUCUGUAAGAAGUCUGGCAAACACCAACCCCACAAAGUGACACAAUACAAGAAGGGCAAGGAUUCUCUGUAUGCCCAGGGAAAGCGGCGUUAUGAGAGGAAGCAGAGUGGCUAUGGUGGGCAGACUAAGCCGAUAUUCCGGAAAAAGGCUAAAGCUACAAAGAAGAUUGUGCUGAGGCUUGAAUGUGUUGAGCCCAACUGCAGAUCUAAGAGAAUGCUGGCUAUUAAGAGAUGCAAGCAUUCUGAGCUGGGAGGAGACAAGAAGAGAAAGGGCCAAGCGAUCCAGUUCUGAGCUUCAUAUGUUGUUAUGAAGACAAUAAAAUUUUGAGAUUGUUUACGUCAAAAAAGAAAAAAAAAGAAAAGAAAAUGA